AUGGACCCCAUCAAGUUCUCUCGCAACUACAAGACUGGAUCUGUAGAAGGCAACAUGAUAUUUGAGGGUACCAGCUAUCUGCCCAAGGAGCUCAUGCUUGAAAUGACUCUGAAAGCAUUUGGCUAUGAAAUUGACAUGAUGGAGAUCGGUAUGGAGGGCAAAGGAUUUGAGCCAACUGUUGAGGCCCUGUUUGGAGAGAAUGGCUUCUUCCCUGACACUGCCCUGAAGACAAUGUACUUUGUCUCUGAUAACAUGCCACUCAGAGUCAAUGAGAUCCUGCAGAAUAUGCUGCCUGCUAUGAAGAAGGACAGGAUGAAGAGACAGGCAUCCCAGAACUUGAUGAGGGAGAUUGGACGCAACCUCAACAAACUGGUGAGGGAACUGAAUGCUGCACAGUCUCCUGAGGCAAUGGUUUAUCUGAGACUUCUGGGAAAUGAGCUGGGAUAUCUGAGGAGCAAUGAAAUGGAGGAGAUGGCGUACUCUGCUGCCAUGAUGAUUGACAGCAUGUUCAAGAUGUUCCCUAGUGAUCUAAUGAAGGCUUUGAUGACUAAUGCUGACAACACAAUCUUUGCCCAUUACAUCUUCAUGGACAAUGAAUUCUUCCUGCCUACUGUAACUGGUGUUCCUCUGAGGAUUGCACUGUCUGGUACUUUCACCCCUGGUAUCAAGGGUGGAAUUAAGAUUGCUCGUGACAUGAGCGAAGUUACCUUCAUGCCCUCCGCUGGCAUUGAGUUUGUAACUCAGGUUGGCUCCCACAUCCCUGAAUAUGUCAAUUCUGGAUUAGAGAUGCACACCAACAUUUUCCAUGAGAGUGGGCUCAGUGCCAAGAUCUCCAUGGGACGUGAAAAUGUCAAGCUGACCAUCCCUGCACCAAUGAGGCCUACAAAGCUCAUCAAAAUGAC